AACCUGCAGAUGAAUACGGACCUGUCAGUCAGAGCACACUGGAGUAGACUAUUUAUUCAUUAUUCUCCUCUUCCAUUAUGUUGUAUCUAGGACUGAGCUGUCUGCUUCUACAUGUCCUGUUAGUUUUUGGGACUGAACUCACAUUCGAGCUGCCCGAUAAUGAUAAACAAUGUUUCUACGAGGAGCUGGAGAAAGGCGUCAAGUUUGAUAUUGACUUCCAAGUGAUAUCAGGAGGGAACUAUGACGUGGACUGUUUUGUUACUGAUCCGUUAGAUAAUGUGUUGUAUCAGGAGAAGAAGAAGCAGUAUGAUAGCUUUUCUCACACCACAGAAAUGAAGGGAGUGUACAAAGUCUGCUUUAGCAAUGAGUUCUCCACUUUUACACAUAAAAUAGUGUAUCUGGAGUUCCGUCAUGGUGAGGAGGAACCUCUUCUGCCUGGAAUGAAUAGAGCCUCAGCACUGACUCAGCUGGAAUCGACUUGUGUGUCCAUCCAUGAGAUCUUGAAGGUGGUGGCUGAAUCCCAGACAUGGUACAGGCUAAGGGAGGCUCAUGACCGUAUAAAGGCCGAGCACCUCCAUGAACGGGUGACCUACUGGUCCAUUGGAGAAACCGUCCUUCUGUUUGUUAUUGGUAUUGGUCAAGUCAUGUUGCUCAGGAGUUUCUUUACUGAAAAGAAAGGCUCUGUGGCAGCCACCACUUAGACAUUAUUACAAUUGUAUGCCCUCACAAACCUCUCAAUGUGAAAGCAUCUCUUAGUAUUUAGUUUAUUAAAGGGACAUUUGUGGACACUAACUUCUACUAAACUCACUGCCAAACAAACUUUCCACACUUUUCUGUCCUUCUUAACAAGUAAAAUAGAACACCCCUCUUUCCAGCUUACUGAGAUUAUUUAUUACAUAAUUUUCAAAAGUACAACAUAAAGCAGGUUUGGUUUUUUACUUCUACAUCAGGUUUUUCCCAUAAAACAUUUUGACUUGUCUGACCUGUUUCCAACAGACAGUAGGAUUUGAUUAUGACUGAAUUUCACAUAGUUGUCACAGGUAUCUGGUGUUGGCCACGCUACCUCAAGAGCACAAUGACUUCAACCAUCAGUAAUGUAAAAAUACACCUUUUCCUGUUUUAUUUUUACUGCAGAAAAUCUUCAGUUUCCCUGUUGAUGAGAUACCGUGAAAGUUAUGGCACACUGUAGAAACCAAAGAAGUGUUGUUUAAUUAUGUUACAUUUAUAUGUUGUAUAGAAUGUAUUCAUUUUGUAGUAACUUUAAUUUAUGCGCAGAACACUGUUUUUGCAACAAAGUGAAGGAGUUGGUAAGAGUUGCAUCUUCAUUUUGGUCAUUUGUCCUAAUGUUAUGCUCAUGAAAAGUGCCUUAGCAUGUUUUGUUUGUUUUUUUUAAAUUCCAAUCAGAUUGAGUGAUAACUUUUCUCUGUAACCUGUCAUUAAAUUUGAAUGUGUGAAAUAUA